AAAUACACGGCACGGUACGGAGAAAAAUAAAAUGUCCGCUGUGCAACCUUUACUUAAACCCAAAGAAUCUGAGAAUACAUAAUCUUCGGAAACACUUAAUUUCUGAAAGGGACAUAACAGCCAAAAACCAUCUUAAGAGUCAGUGUAUUGACGUGAAUAACAGUGUGUAUGCUGUAGCAAAGGCGUACAAGGCCACUGCCGUACCUCUGCACGUCAUCAAACAGAGGUUGAGUAGCACAAACAACAUGAUGUGCGAAGAGGAUCGGUGCAAGAGCGUUUCAGAUUUUCGAAAGCGGAGCAACUUGCCCGAGAGCCAGUGUCCUCAUCUACGCUCUGUGGAUUUCUGUUUAACUCGCGCAAACAGAGUGGACCUGAAACCAGAGCUGUUGCAGGAAUUGACUGUCGAUAAACGGAUUGGAAAGGACAUGGCUGCCAAGUGCCUUAACUAUCGUGACAUAGCCUCUCAGAACGGAGCGCCACUUGUCGCCCUUGUGGAUCUCGGUGGAAGUCAUUGCUUGUAUUUGUCUGUGUUUGAGCCAACAUGUCCCAGUGCAGCAAGUUGGGUCGAUUAUUUGUGACCUUUACUCUAAAAGGAAGGAUUUGGCAUUGUGUUUGUUCUCGAGGUAGGGUUCCCUGCUUGCACAGAUGUCUUGCCAAAUGGUUUCUUUUCCAAACCAAGAAAGAUUUAUUAUCCUCUAAUGCGAAACAAGACGCACCCAUGAGCCCUUCUGAGCUGAUAGACGACUCACCUGUGGAAACCUCCACAGAAACCUCCACUGGAGAGGAGCCUCAAACAGAUGGCGGCGUACAUUUACAACCAAAAGAAAUUACCCAACAUGUUUCCAGGGGACAUCGACCAGUUGGAGCCUGAAACACGGUUUCCAAAGCAUUUGGUUCCAUCUGAAACAGUCUGCCAGGUGUGCCAGGGUGACGUCUUCUUAUCAGAACCGGUUUUGAUCACCAACAAAGCCAGAGUCAUAACUCUAACAGGAAUGACAGAAGAUAAUUCCACACUUUCCAGAAAGUGUCCAGACUGUCAGAUGGUCUACCGUUACCAGGAAUGGGGGGAGGGGCUUCACAACUACAACAACCACAUAAUCCUGAGUCUGCAACUGUGCAUGCUUCUGCAAAACUCCAUCAAGAUUCACGCUGCUGAUGGUGGAGUGGAGGUGCUGGAGCGGACAGUAGGUGUCAAGUCUUCAUGUGGCUUGGAGGUGCUUCAGGCGUACCUUCACUUUGAAGCUCUUACAAGUCACACCUGUCAGUCUGAGGUCAUGAUGGAUCUUUAUCUAAAAGGCGUUUUCAACAUGGCAGGGAUUGAGAUCAAGGACUUGCCUGAAUCCUUCACUGGAGAAGUAAAUGCAGACGACUUCUGGGAUUCAGCGUGCCUGGAGAUCAUAUCGAGCAGCCUGGAAGCUCGAAGUCCCGGCUAUAAAUCUAAGUUAGACGAUAAACUGAAAGAAGCCGCAGCGUCUGCCGUCUCGACCUCCUUCUCUCUGGCUGAAAGAAAGAGGCUAACUAAAGAAAGAACAGACGAGUGUCACAGAGCUGUGGCCAGAUUUCUUGUUAAGGGAUUACAUCCUGUGUCGACAGUAGAGUCACCGUGGUUCAGAGAGAUGACAGAAGUGCUAAACCCAAAGUACUGCCUGCCUUCCAGAGAUCAGCUCACAAACAAACUGAUUCCUUCAUGGUUCUCUGCAGAGAAAAAAAGUGUCAUGAAAGAGCUGCUGCACGUGUCUAAGGCUGCAUUGACAUGCGACUGGUGGUCAAGUGUUAACCGUGACCAAUACAGGACAGUUUCUUUGCACUUCAUAACAAAAGGCCAGAUGGUGCAUAAAGUGCUGCGUACUAACCAGGUUUACGACGCUCAGGCAGACACAGCAGUGGCCGAGCAGGUAGCUGCUGUACUGAAGGAGUUUGGUGUCGGAGGCAAAGUUGUUGCCAUGACAGUGGAUAAUGCGUUCAGUGUGGACAGAGACAUAAAGAAACUGAAGUUCAGGAAGCUGAGAUGCUUCGCCCAAAUUCUCAACGGAGCAGCUCAGAAGGUUUACACCAGCAACACUGUGGUACGAUGGACAUCAAAGAUUAGAGCUGCAGUUGUGGGAAUGCAAAGUUCCUCAGCAGCUCAAACUGUUCUGCAAGAGAAGCAAAAGCUUUUGAAUCUACCGCGACACUCUUUAGUAAUCGAUGUCCAAGCACACUGGAACUCACUGUACCUCAUGGUGGAGAGGUUUGUAGAGCAGUUUUCUGCCAUCCAGGCCGCCACAACAGAUCCCCAGAUCAAACCUUCUUUUGAGAAAAAGAGGCUGGAAACGCUCUCAGACGAUGAUUACUGGAAAGCAGAGGAGUUCAUAAGGACCAUGAAGCCCCUGUACACGUCUACUCUCUGUGUCUCAGCCGACAAGAGUCCUUCAUGUAGUCAGAUAUUUCCCAUCCUGAAAAAACUGGAGGCCCACUUUGAACCCGGGGACGAGGACUCUCUCUUCACAGCCACACUCAAGGAAAAAGUCUGGGCUGACCUGUCCACAUGUUACAGGGAUGCUGCUACCUGGAAGUUCCUACAGGAGUCCAGCGCUAUGGAUCCAAGGUUCAAGAACAGCAUUGACUCAGAUGAGAUUUGGUGCAGAGUGAAAACGGCUGCGGUUAGGGCUGCAACCUUGAGAGAGGUUUCAAACUCAGAGGAACACAGACUUUUACACGAGGACAGUGAUGAAGAGUAUUCAAAUGAGACUCUGCUUCCCAAAAGGCCGAGGCUAACUGCCCUGGAGGAGCUUUUUGAGGAGGAAGACAGAGCCCUAAAGAGCAGUGCAUCAGCGGAAAACACACUUUCACUACCUGAAAGAGUCCAGCAAGAGAUACAGCUGUACAGGAAACUGCCUGCUAUACCCACAUCACAGGACACUCUGGCCUGGUGGUGGGAGAGACGGACCACUCUGGCUCUCCUGUCCGAACUCUCUAACUCAUACCUCUGUGUGCAAGCGUCGUCUACUCCUGGGGAGAGAGUGUUUUCAACAGCAGGAGACACAAUAAGUCAGGAGAGGGCACACAUUCUACCAGAAAAGGUCGAUAUGCAGAUUUUUCUACAGAAAAACUGCUAAAAAUUAGACAACCAAUAAUAAAUCCUGAUAUUUGCUGAUUAUGUGUUCAACAGCAACAUUCACUGUAAUGCUAGUUAAAAGAUAUGUUCAUGUUUUAUCUAACAAUAAGCAUGUUAGA